AUGGUGCCUCCGCCGCCGGAACCUAUCAAUUGUUCACCUCCAAAAACUGCUCUUGUGAGUCCAGCGGAGAAAGUUCACCAAGCAAGUACGAGCAAAGAGAAGGAAAAAGAAGAUGAUGCAGAUUUCAAACCUAUUGAAACCCUAGAUCCCAAAUUGGAAGGAGUAAGGAAAUUAUGGGUUGAUGCUCUAAACGAUAACAGAAAUCCAGCUAAGGAAAGAAGCAUAAAAUUUAUAGUUCCCAAAAUGGUUAAUGGUGAGAUUGAAGUCAAAAUUGAAGAAGACGAUGUUAUCUCAGAGGUCAUAUUCUGGAAACCUUCUUUGGUUCUAUAUACUUUGGGAGGCGAGCUUAGUAUGAAUGCUGUCAAAAACUUCAUGAUUAAGCAUUGGAAUUUUGUGCAAUUGUCGGAUAUGUACUACCACGAGGAAGGAUAUUUCAUCCUUAGGUUCAAGAUGCUCAGGGAAAGAGAUGAUGUUCUAAUGAAGGGGCCAUACAUGUUCAUAAGUAUGUCGCUGCUGAUUAGAGAAUGGCGUCUAGAUUUUAACCUCAAGGAUGACAUGUUGAGGACUCUCCCUAUAUGGGUGAAGCUCCCUCAGCUUCCUCUUUUCCUUUGGGGAGAAAACAGUCUAAACAAAAUUGGAAGUGCAUUGGGGAAUCCGAUAGUGACUGAUGAAUGCACAGGCAAUAGACUUCAUGUUUCCUAUGCAAGAAUUCUAGUGAAAAUGGACAUAACCAACGAACAUCCUAAAGCAAUUACCAUUAGAGACAGCGAUGGGGAGAAAAUGCAGCAGGCCAUAGAAUAUGAGUGGAAGCCGAUUUUAUGUGGUAAAUGUCAAAAGAUAGGCCACAACUGUGAUAAACCUAAAGGCAUAGUCAAAGAAUAUAAGCCAAAGCCAAAAACCCCAGAGGACAACAAGACUGUUAGUUCAUCAAACAUUGUGAAAGCAGGAAGAGAUGAGAUCAUUGGGAAAGAUAUGGGUGGGACUGAGACCACUAGCACAACAGGUAAUGAAAUUGAGAAGUGGACAGAGGCUCAUAAGAGUGGAAAGGCAAGGGGGAAGUGA